CAUUAGCAUUAACAUUACAAGAAUGUAUACAUUUGGUUAGAUUUUUCCAAAUGAGUUCAAGUGAUUUAUAUGAUAAAGUUUGGCCAUUUAGAGCAAUUUUACCUCAUGAUCUGGAAGAUGAUAUUGUUAGAUGUCAUUUAAAACCAGGAAGUAAACCAAUAUUUGGUGUGAAUACGCCAAGAGGAAAUUCAACUUUGGUUGGACAUCAACAAAUGUCUCAUGCCAAAAUAAGUAGAUGUUCAAGAUUUAAUUAUGCUAUCACUCUCAAGGACGACAAUUACGGUCCUUGUUUUGGUGAUAAAGAUCUUUGGAUGCAAGGCAAUUUUAAUCAUAUAGACAGUUGUAGCUGUAAAGAAGAUGAUUACGAAGCCCCGAUUACAAAGCAUCGUAAAUUUUAUGUUAUCGAAUAUGAAGUUUUUAAAGUUAUCAAAAAAUAA